AUGCCGAAUCCGCUCCUGUUCGUCGGCAAGGGCGCGGCGCUGACGGCGGCGGCCCGAGCGGCUGACAAGGCGAACGAAGGCGGCGGAGCAUUCCAGCGGCUGGGCGAGGGCCGCGGCGCGGCAAUCCGGCUCGCGUGGCCGGCGGAGGCGCUGCACACCAUGCCGCACGAGAGGCGGGCGGCGGCGGGCGACGCGGACGACCCGUUCGCGCACGGCCGUCCGAUCACCAAGAGGGCGAGGCGCGCGGCGGGCGAGCUGCGCGCCGUGCAGCACCAGGAACGUGCGGAGGCGCCCAGAGAGGCGGAGCUGGCGGCGGCAGAGGAGCGGACGGCGGAGCAGGCGGCGCUGCUGGCGCCGCUCGCGGCGACGGACACCACGGCGCGCCUGGCGAAGCGGAGGCGGAGCGCCCUCGUGGCGGCGGUGCUGCAUCAACCCAUUGCGGAGCCGGCGGGCCGGGCGGCUCAGAUGCUCGCGCCGCUCGGCGAGCACUUGAAGAGGCAGUGCGACGAGGUGGCGAAGCGGUGGGACGACUUCCAGACGGAGAUGGAGCGGCUUGACGAAGACGGCGGCGAUGCGGACAUGCGCUCCAACUUUGCGAACGGGAUGCGGGACGGGUAUCCGUGCCAGCAGCUCACCCUCGUGUUUCUGCAGUACUUGCUGACGAGCCGCACGCGUCGCGAAUUCCAUGUUGGGAUGUUAGAGGGAAUUCCAACUAAUGCAUACUGCACGAACGAUUGCCUCCAGAGUGGUGUGGUCGGGUACGGAUCGUACUCCUACCUCGACGAUUUUGGCUGGUCGACCUACCUACCUAUGGAGUGCGAGGCUAGCUCAAAAUAA